AUGAAGUUCUUAUCGCUUAGCUUAUUAGUUGGUGUAUUGAUUGUUGGUGCAUUUGGCAAGGGACUGAAAUCAUUCUACGGCAAUGCAGAGCAUCCCGGCAAAUGUGUAUAUAAGGAUUUGAUUCUUUCGCCUGGUGAACAGGGUAAGCCAAAGGGUGAAUGUCAACGUUUCACAUGUGAAGGCGAUCUGAAGGGUGACAUUGAAAAUUGCGAUUAUAGAUUUAUUAUUCUUGAGCCACCCUGCUGGUGGGGUGAAAUAGAAAAUCCGGAUUUAUCGUUCCCCAAAUGUUGUAUGCGAAAAGUUAUUUGCCCGGAGGAGGAUAAUGAACAACAAAUUGCACCAAAUUAA